AUGAAUAUCUUCCUCCCACCAAAACCUCCAACCGCCCAACAAUAUAAGUUCAAUCCUAUUGUUCGGAAUCGAUCACUCCCUGCCCCAGUUAGACGCUGUUUGCUCCUUCGUUGUCGGACUCCGUUCUACGAACCGGGAGUCAUAUGGCCUACUGUCCAGGGAGUGAAGAUUCGAUAUAAGAGUUGGAACAACUCAGUCCGUAGGGAAGAUAAUAAACCCAAAAGAUCGUUCUUUUCGUUUAUACUGGAAACUUACCUCGAUCAGAAUUCAAUCAAUCAAUUGAAAAAUUUCAAACGCAGAGAUUCAAAAUCUUGA